CAAUCAUUGCAGAGAAGGUAGUGAAGACAUGGUAAACAUCAGAUUUGCGAGACAAAGGAUAGAGCCAUGUGUAACGCGUAAAAUGAUCAACAAUCACCAAAUAAUACGAAAAGGAGUCGAUAGAAAGAACCGGGGAAGGCUAUAAUGAAAUUCCUAAUUAAUUAUCCAGUAUUUUCCAAUAAUACAUAAAUAAGAUGGAUAAUUAAUAAAAGGAAUAUUAUGGAGAUAAUUAGGAAUAAUUAUCUUAAUAGAUUAUAUUUUAAUUAUGGGAGUGAUUAUCUCCCUAAUUAAAAUAUGACUUAUUCCCAGAGAAAGAGGGAAUAUUCUGGGUUUUCUGCUCCUAUAAAUAGGAGACACCCCAAACCCUCUAAAUACACCUCAGAAGAGCAGAAACACGAGAGAGAGUGAAUUCAUAGAGCUCCGGUUUUUCGCACAAAACCGAUGAGCAAGAAAACUAGAAUGGUUGUUUUAUCCUGGAGGCGACCGGCUGAUAGUCUGCUGUGCGCAAUACGAGGCAGUGCCGCGAACGUCUUAAAGAGAGCGACCUAGUCCGCGACUCAGCCAGAUCGGUAACCCUAAUUUUUCCUGUUCGAUUUCUAACAAUUUUAAGACGCUCGGUUGCUGUCGUGUCUACUGAACAGGAUGACCGGUUCGUUCAAACCGAUUACUACCGAUCUGGAGUUCAUGGCUGCUUUACUCGUCAGAUUUUUCCAUUCCGUCUUCCCCGUUGCCGGAUCGUAAAUCAGAUCUGCUUGUCGAACAAACAUCUGCCUAUUCUAUGAUAUAUGAUUUGAUUUAUCCUUUCUGUUCUUUAUUGGAGGAAUAACAACGUUUAGUGGGUUUUUUGUCUGCUCGCAAAAGUUUCAUGCACUGAUAAGUACCGGGGAAGCAGUUUUGUAGUCUUCAAUUGCAGGAGCAGCCGAUUUGGUAUAGAAACUCGAAGUGCAGUGCAAGAAAUUGAUGGAAGCAAUCAUCAUCAAUUUAAUUAUAAUUUCCAAAGGAAAUAUGGUUAUGUCCGAAUGGCUGACUGGUAAUCAUCAGCUCGACGAUAAUGGCGAUGGGAGGAGAAUACCAAGCAGAUCGAGACUACGCCUUAUCCGGGAACACGAAGCAACAAGGGGUUGAUCAAUCAAAUUAAGAAGGGUUUCUUAUUGAAAGAGUCCUUUUUCCCGAAGGCGUUGGCUUUAACCCUGACGGCGGCACAAUACUCAUGGUCAAAGGAAAAUUUGAUUUAUUUUAUUAUUAGCUUUCUUUUGCUAUUCAUGUGGGUAUCGUAAUAUGGCGUCCACUAACAAGUUUGGUUUGAGCUUCUUGGCCUUCACAAGAGAAUGAAUAAUGACAGCCCUUCAAUUCCAUCCCGGGCCGAGAAAAGAAUACUGGGGUUCUAUUCAUUUCAUGGUCCAAGUUGCACUAGCAAGAGGAGAACUGGCAGUUCUGCCGGCCCGUUCAAUUUAGUGGGCACAUUCAAUUUCCAUCAAUGCUUAUCUUGCUGCCGCCGCAGCUGUGCAUGUGUCGAUUGGUCAAGACUUUCAAAGCUUCACCGUGGACCGGUAGAAUUGGAAGUCAUAAUUGACGACCAUAAAACAGGGACACAAGGUUGUAGCGUCAAAGGCAAUAUGGAAGGAACCAGGACGAGAAACAAAGAAGCUAUGCAUGGUAAAAGGCUGAAAGCAAUGGUUUCUCGGUGAAAGGUAAGAAUCGAAAUCUUACUCGUGAGUUAUUAAUGAAUGACAAAAUUAGAAUCUUUGUCAUAUAGUUUCAUGCAUGGUAUUGAGAAACCUAAUGAAUGCUCAAAGAAAGACAGAAUUAGAAUUUAUUCUAUGUAGAUUCAUGUAUGAAAUUGAGAAAUUUUGAGAAUGCUAGAGAAGCUAGAGUCAAUGAUUGACAUUGAGAUGUGUCUUUUUCGAUGACUAGAGUAUAAGUUUGAAUACAUGCUAUGGAUAGAAUAAUUUUGUCUGAAUGUGAGCAUUGAAGAAUAUAUGGGAAUAGAAUGGGUUUAUUGCCCAUAAUAACGAUAUUGUAAGAAGUACUAUUAUUAGUACUACACGAACCACUUAGGCUGCUGUGAAACAUUAAAGUUUCAAGAAUGAGAGCAGCAAACCGAACCAGAUCCAUACCAAAUAGAAUGGUACCCUUUGUGGUAACCAUAAGAUUGUCAUCCAAUCCUCUAAGAAUGACACGCUAUGUUCUCUGUUAAAUUUGUGAGAAACUAAGUCAUAUAACACGAAAGUGUAAGAACAAGUUUAACCUAGUGUAAACUUGACUAAAGAAGAGGACUUGAUGGUAAUGAUCACUAAGGUGAUGACAGAGGAAAGCCUUAAUGGUAACUCUGAAGAAUGUGGUUGGAUAUUAGCGCCUCAAGGCAUGUGUAUGACAAAAGAGCUAAGCUCAAUCAUGCAUUGAGGUGUAUUGAAGGGGAAAGUGUUGUUGGGCAAGACCCUCACCACUAUUGUUGAUGGUUUUGGGAAAGUGGAAAAGAACCCUAGCUCUAGAAAGUCAUUGACUUUCCUAGACGUAAGGAAUGGUUAAGUAGAUAAGAUAAAUUCUUCCAAGUGUGUCUGUGUGAAGAAUUAGAAUAUCUUAUAUCGCAUUCCCAUAUUAUUAUUGGAUGCUUGAGAAAAAUAUAAAUAUCCAAGCUAAAGGACUCAUAAAUAUGUGAUUAGUGAAUCAGAAUCAAUAGAUCUGAUUUAUGUUGAUAUGGGUAAACUUGAUGGAAAAGACAAUAAAUAAUUUAUUGCUCUUUAGAGUGCUCUGACUGUCUGACUAGUUAUUUGAAAUGGUUUGAAAUGCAUAAUUGCAUUAUGAUUGCACUGAUUAUUCGAGAUGUGGCAUCCAUGUGCUAGCGUUAGAGAAUCAGUGUAACAUGAUAACUAGAAGAGCAUAUGAAUGUGUUUUAUGUUGUCAAAAAUAAAAACACAUAGUUCCUAUGAAACGAAAUACUCAUGUUGUUGUGAAAUCCAUUGAUGCCAAUAGAUUCCAUUUAUAUUAAGAAAUAGUGGGGGUGAUAUUCUGCCUACUAUUAGAAAUAAUGGAUAACUAGUGGGUGUGAUGAAUCUGAGUAUGAACCCAGAAGAGACAAAUGAACCAUAAAUCACGAAAGGAUUUUGGUUAUGAAUUUGUUAUUUACACCCUAAGAAAGAAAGAUCCUACAAGUCUGCUAGAAGUUCAAACUUCCAUAAAGAUGCAGAAUUGUGGGAGAAUCCAUUAUUAACGAUAUGGAAUUAUUGGAGUCUAAUAAGACUUAAAAUCUUGUAGAGUUACCUCUUGGUUGAAAAGCCUUGGGUAAUAUAUCGAUAGAAUCGAACAAGAUUUGGCAUCUUUGAGAAUUACCUCUUGGCAAUGAAGUCAUGGGUAAUAAAUGGAUUCUUAAAAG